AUGCGGAUUUCCCGCAUACCAAAACGGGGUGGGCAUCCACGCAUUCCCGGCCAGUACCGUGACUUCCCCCUCCCGUCGCCAACAUUUCCCCCUCCCGUCGCCUUCAUUUCCCCCUCCCGUCGCCUUCAUUUCCCCCUCCCGUCGCCUUUAUUUCCCCCUCCCGUCAACUUCAUUUCCCCCUCCCGUCGCCUUCAUUUCCCCCUCCCGUCGCCUUCAUUUCCCCCUCCCGUCGCCUUCAUUUCCCCCUCCCGUCGCCUUCAUUUCCCCCUCCCGUCGCCAACGUUCCCCCCUCCCUACGCCCUGCUCAUUCUCCCGUCGCCCUCUCUUCCCCGGCUCGCCCUGUUUCCCCUGCACCGUCGCUUCUCUUCGGUUCACUCUGUCUUUGUUGGUUCACUUGCGCUACCGCAUCCUGCCCCGUCGCUACCCCUCCCUGCACCCGACGGCAUCCGGCCAUUUCCCCACGCUAAUGCUCCCUUUCCCUCACUACCACCCGCCCAAUCCCCCACAACCCCGCGUCCCGUGCCCCACUCCCCGGCUCACUCUGUCUCCCCUGCUCAUUCUCUUCCCCCUGGCUCACUUUGUUUCCCCGCACGCUUCCAACCCCUUGCCGUCAACCCGGCCAUUACCCUCUCUCCCUAUCCCAUUUCCUCCCACGCCAACUCUCCCUUUCCCUCACGCCAACUCUUCCUUUCCCUCACGCCAACUCUCCCUUUCCCUCACGCCAACUCUCCCUUUCCCUCACGCCAACUCUCCCUUACCCCCAUGCCAACUAUCCAUUUCCCUCACGCCAACUCUCCAUUUCCCUCACGCCACCUCUCCAUUUCCCUCAAGCCAACUCUCCAUUUCCCUCACGCCAACUCUCCAUUUCCCUCACGCCAACUCUCCAUUUCCCACACGCCACCUCUCCCUUUCCCCGGAGUCGUUGCCCGACACUACCCCCUCCUGUCGCCUCCACUCCCAUGCGCGCUCUCUCCCCCCCUGCUCACUCCUUUAUCCCCUGCUCACUCUCUUUCCCCCUGCUCACUCCUUUAUCCCCUGCUCACUCUCUUUCCCCCUGCUCACUCUCUUUCCCCCUGCUCACUCUCUUUCCCCCUGCUCACUCUCUUUCCCCCUGCUCACUCUCUUUCCCCCCUUCUCACCCAUUUCCCCCCUUCUCGUCCUCCCCUCCAGCUGCUCCCACCCCUCCACUCCAACAGUAUCACCCUCACACACCUUGAUCUCUCCGGCUUGGUCUGUCUCCCCUGCUCAUUCUCUUCCCCCCGGCUCACUCUGUUUCCCCGCACGCUUCCAACCCCUUGCCGUCAACCCUGCGAUUACUCUCUCUCCCUAUCCCAUUUCCUCCCCCGACACCCACCCGCCCCAGCACCCUCUCCCCCGCGUCCAGUCCCCCGCUGCCUCCUUCCUUUCCCCCACUCCCGCACGCCCAUUCCCCCACUCCCCUCGUUCUUUCCCCGAGCGCCCCCCCGUCUUUUCGUUCACUCCCACCCGUCCAUUCCCCCAUUCCUCCCCGUCCGAUACCCCACUCUCCCUUGCCAUGUUCCCACACAAUAUUCCUCCCGUUCCCCAACGCCAACCCUCAGCUCGAGCACCACUUACCUCCCUUUCCCGCACUACCACUCGGGAUUCACCCAAAUAACACCCUCCCUUUCACCCACUCCUACCCUCUCUUUCCCCCCCGGUGAUCUCGUCCCUCCCCGCAAUUCGGUGGGCCUUUCCCCCACUACCCUCUGUCUAAUCCCCAACUUCCACUCUGAGGCUUUCCUCUCUCCUCCAGGGCCACGCCGCCUUGGCGACCGUGCACGCCCUCCUGCUACCCAUGUCGUCAUCUCGUCCCCCUGCUACACGUGUCCUGCUCGCAUCCCCCUGCUGCCCCUCACCACCCUCCCUACCACACCCCCACUCAACGACCCACCCUCCUUUUGCGACCCACCAGAAUGGAUAUAA